AUGCUGGCAAACUCGUUUGUCGCCCUCUCGGCGGCAGCUCUUGCGACGCUUGUCCCCUCUGUCCAUGCCUUUUUCCGCAUGCCAUGCUCGCAGCCCGUCGUCGUCGAGCGCAGUGACCCACGUAUGAAGAUGCCAGACGCUCGGAGUGCACCUCUUGCAAGGCGCGCUACCCAAGACCGAUCAAACUAUUGGACCCCAACGCUCUUCUAUCAAGCCCAGAACGGCUCCUUUCACCGAGUCGAGCAAAACGGAGGCAUGACCGUCUACUACCUCCAGCGAACGGGCAGUGACAAGAAGCCCGUCCAGGCCUUUCCAGCAGGCUUUCGCAUGCUCGCAGGCGACCCUUUUCUCCGUUCCUACGACCCGACUUCGCUCAGUCAAAAGGCCGUGUCGCACGUCUGUCUAAACUACAAAGGAGAUUCUCCCGAGACACCAAUGAUUCCGAAUCGCAACUGCCCCGACGGUCUCAGGACUCAACUCUUUUUCCCGAGCUGUUGGGAUGGUGUCAAUCUCGAUUCAAAGGAUCAUAAAUCGCACAUGGCUUAUCCGAGCGGCAUGAACAGCGGCGACUGCCCGGCCACGCACCCUGUCCGUUUGGUCUCCAUCUUUUACGAGAUUAUCUGGAAUGUCAACGACUGGAAGAACAUGUGGUGGAAGCCAGACGGAUCCCAUCCAUUCGUCCUCUCGAUGGGCGACCCAACCGGCUAUGGCUUCCAUGGUGAUUUCCUCAACGGAUGGGAUAUUGCCGCUUUGCAACGUGCGCUCGACAAAUGCACUCAAGACUCUGGAAGAAUCGAAGAUUGCGCCGGAGACCUUGAACUGCAAGACGACUCUCUCAUGAAGGACUGCAUCAACCCAACACGUGUCGCUGAAAACACACUCGGCUGGCUCCCCGCCCUCCCAGGAUGCAACCCCGUCACCUAUGGUCCUGGACGUGCCUCGCCCCAAGCGUGCCCAACCGUUCCCUCUAUCCUCAGCCUCGAUCAAGUUGGCUUUGAGAAAAAGGAUGUUCCCUUUUGGGAUCCAGUAGGAUGCGCCAAGGACGACCUCAACAACCGUCUCUUGCCCAGAAAGUUCUCCGACCCGGCAAUGACGAUUGAGAUGUGCGGGAAUCUAUGCCAUAAUAAUGGAUACACCUACGCUGGUGCCCAGUGGGGUGUCGAGUGCUGGUGUGGUUCUAGUUUUGACGAAUCGAGGGCUAAUUUGCGCGGAAGUUGCUCUCAGCCGUGCGCAGGAGAUCGGACCGAGAUUUGUGGUAACGGUGGAAUGCUCAGCGUUUACAAGUACAACCCCAACAAGAAUACAACCCCUUCGUCUAGCUCGAGCACCCGUGUCUCCAGUUCGAGCACUCGGGCCUCUAGCUCUAGCGCGACUGUUCCAGCCGCUACCAGCACCCCACCGACGGCAUCUGUGUCCGCUCCAGAGGGUACCAACCCUGUCUCUUCCUCGUCGAGCACUUCCAGCACCGCCUCUUCGUCGUCCAGCUCCUCUGUCGCCACGUCAAGUUCCUCUUCAUCUGUCCAGUCAAGCUCUUCCUCCACCCAGUCCAGCUCUUCCUCCGCUCCGUCGUCAACUCCCACGGGCUCCGUCCCGGACCCACGUUCUCACGGUGCGCCACAGGGCUGGUUUUACCGCGGAUGCUAUUUCGACCAAGUAUGGCCAUAUCGUACACUUGAUGGCGCUGGACAAUGGAAUAGCGAUAAGAUGACGCCCGCGCUCUGUACCGAACGAUGCGCCUCCAAGGGAUUCUUCAUGGCGGCGACCGAAUAUGGUGGCGAAUGCUAUUGCGGAAAUUCAAUGAGAGGAGGUGCAAUCUUGAAAAAGGACGAAGAGUGCAAUUUCAAGUGCAAGGGAGACGCGAACCUAAUGUGCGGUGGCGCGGCGCGUAUGAGCGUUUAUGCGCGUGAUAUGCGUCGUAUUCGACGUGAUGGAUUGAUGGAGGAUGUAGAGAUUGUGGCGAGAGAAGAGGUCGAGGUCGUCGAACGCGAGGUCAAGGACGAGGUCGUCAAGCGAAAUAUCUCGUCGGCCAAGCGCUCCAAUGUCCAUCGUCGUCGCCAUUUACUUCAUGGACGCCAACGAGCUUCGCUCGACGUCGAGGCCAACUAA